AUGGCAUGGACAAUGCAAGCCGCCUUCUUUUGUCUCCUGUUAAGACUAUACUUGGUCGAAGCUGAUUUUAGUAACGCUGUUGAUUAUAUACACAGGAGUUCUCAAGCCAUUAGGCUGAUAUUCUUAGAUCCCAUGAAGUUUUACGUGGUCGGAGGUACAUUCCAGGAAGACCCUUUAUUGAAGAAGGAGUCUGGAAUACUUUUCAAGUGUGGAGAAGUAGAAACGAGAAAACAUUCCGAAGAAAAAUUUUCCCUGGUUCGGCGGCUCUAUACCGAGCGACUUCGGGGCAAGUGGUUAACUUCGACGUAUGACAUGAUACCAAAAACAUCGGCAGGAUAUGAGGCUCCCAACUAUAUGGAAGCCAACAUACACCAGGGAUCAGGAACUAAGAAAGCUGGACUAAUAUAUCUCUUGUUGACGGACCGCUACUCAUGCGCUCUCUUUUACCAUGAGAGCACAGGCGACUGCGAGCUUUGGGAAAAGAAGCGUCCGGAAAAGGAUGGACUGCCCUCUUCUUUCUGCUCAAGAUAUAUAAGCGCAUGUAACAACAAAACUGUAGUUUGGUACCACAAAGACUCUUUGUGCCACACCAAUUAA